AGUGAGUCUUCCCUUUCCACAUUAGUUCACAGUUCUCCUUGGUUUGAAUUCUUACAAGUGAAACAAUACCUUGACUACCUUCAUUGGGCUUAAUUCCCUCCUGUCUGGCAUCUGUGUACAAAGAGGCAACCAUGAAUUACAGGUUGGUAGUAAUGUACAUGGAGAUUGGCUGCUUCGUGGUCUGUGUCAGUGGAUGGAUCCUGGUUUGCUCUACAAUGUCAAUUGAGAUGUGGACAUGGUCUGAGGUAUACAGCAUGGUUCUGACCACUUCACAAUACUUCUCCAACCUCUGGAAGGACUGCAUUUCCGAUUCAAGUGGAGUUUCCGAUUGCAAGGUUAUUCCGUCCUUGCUAGCACUGAACUGGGACAUCCAUAUGUGCCGUGCUUUGAUCAUCACUUCAAUCAUCGUGGGCUUGUUUGGAUCCAUUCUAGUCCUGGUCGGAAUGAAGUGCACAAAGAUAGGAGGAUCUGAGAUUGCAAACGCAAAAGUGACUUUUGCUGGAGGAAUGAACUACCUUCUGUCUGGAUUGUGUUCCAUGAUUGCAUUCUCUUAUUACGGGAAUAAAGUAAGAGCGGAAUUUCAGGAUCCAAAUUUCAGGGCACGAAAGUUUGAAAUUGGAGUUGGUGUAUACAUUGGCUGGGGAGGCUCCACCCUACUGAUUGUGGGGGGCCUCAUUUGCAGUAUAUUUGCAUGGAAAGAAGGAUGUCAAUCAAGGUCAAAAAACAUACGCAUGCCUGUCUACAAAUUCCCAGAUGCCUACAUGGCAUCACCUGCUAAAAAGAUAUACAUACCAGUGUCAACAGCUCUCACAGAUGGUGGAGACAGCAGGAAGAGCAAGACCAGCAAAUCCAGCAGUGAGCCUAGAAGCAGUAGGAGCAGCAGCAUGGCAAUCAAUAGUUUCAAUGCAUAUGUGUGAUCUGUCCAAAAAGCCUUCAUUUUGACAUUACAUUAUUUUUGUAUUGUGGUGUAAAGACUGGAACUCUGCAAGUUUAUAAACUGAAUAUAGAAAUUUGCAAUUAAAUAAUCUGUAACUUAUUUCAACAACUGUGUACUUCAACGUUUUCCACCAUUGUUUGCUUUGUAGAUCACUCCAUAUCCUGAAAUGUAUUAUAUAAAAUCCCAAACACAGAAAUACUGAAAAUAUAGACAUUCAUUACCCUAUUUAAAUCAUACUUUUAUAUUUACAUUGCAUCCCAUAUCCCUCAAUCCUUCUCCUUAUAAUAAUCAUCAUAAAACCAAUCAUGUAAAACCAAAAUAAACAUCAUCCCAUACUCUGAGUUUGAGCAUUAACUAUUCUGGCAUAAGGCUAGGAAGCCUUAUGGAUGAUGCAAAUUGGAUCGUGUAUCUCCGGGAUCUAAUUUGAUAAGCUUUUACAAUUUUAUAUAUCCUUAGAUUUGUAUAGCAUUUUAAGUCCAAAUAAAUAUUUAACAUCUGAUAAUAAUGCCUUUCAAUUUCAAACAGUG